UUCAUCUUCUUGGUGGCCUGCUAUUAGUUAUCGCCAUCACUGCUUCCUUCCAGGCUCCACACAGCAUCUAUUGAGGCUUCACUCCUUUUUAAAGGGUCAAAUAUUCAGUGUACCCAAACUGAGCUUUAUCUCUUUUGAAGGACGAAUUAGCCUUCCAAAUCCAAUUCAGGCUCCAACUAGCUUGUGGUGUAAUAACAGAGAUUAUUGAAGGCGAAACUUUGGUUGAUAAGGUAGUUCGAUUCCUCUCAUCUCAUCUGCCUGCGCUUUAAAUCAUUAAGAAAUGGCUUCAUAUUCCAAAUUUCCAAUAUGUUUCCAUUUAUCAAAGCCCUUCCUUUCCCCUUCUAAGCCCUCUAAGUUUUCAUUCUUUCACAACACAUCCAUCUCUUUCCAAAAUAUCCCUACUAAAUCCCCACCUCCACUUCAAUCAUCUUCCUCCAGUUCCACCCAGCUCCAGCCCAUAGAAGAACUCCCUCCAAAGCUCCAAGAAAUAAUCAAGCUUUUCCAAUCUGUUGAAGAACCCAAAGCCAAGUACGAGCAGCUGAUGUUUUAUGGAAAAAACUUGAAUCCACUUGAUACACAGUUCAAAACUAAGGAGAACAAAGUUGAGGGCUGUGUUUCUCAGGUUUGGGUCAGGGCUUAUCUCGAUAAAGAUAAGAAUGUUGUUUACCAAGCUGAUUCUGAUUCUGUUUUAACUAAAGGGCUCGCUGCUUUGCUUGUUAAUGGAUUGUCCGGAAGGCCUGUCCAAGAAGUUUUGAGGGUUUCUCCUGAUUUUGCAGUGCUCCUUGGGCUGCAACAGAGCUUGACACCUUCAAGGAAUAAUGGGUUUUUGAACAUGUUGAAGUUGAUGCAAAGGAAAGCACUUGAACUGCUUAUUGAAGCUGAAAAAGGUAGUGAGUCUUCAGGUAAUGGUCAGAUUGUGAAUGAUAACAGUGAAAACACAAGUUUAGAUUCAAAAGUUGAUGAGAAUUCAGGUGCUGUAGCUAGUUCUCAAAAUGGUAGUGAAGAAAAUUCAAGUGGAUUGGGAAGUAGAGGGAUGAGGAUCAAAGAGAAGCUAGAGAGGGAGCUUAGUCCUAUUGAGUUGGAAGUAGAGGAUGUUUCUUAUCAACAUGCUGGACAUGCUGGUGUGAGGGGCAGUGAUGGGGAAACACAUUUUAAUCUCAGAAUUGUGUCCAAAGAAUUUGAAGGGAAGAGCUUGGUUAAAAGGCAUAGGUUAGUUUAUAGUUUGUUGGAUGAGGAGUUGCAAAGUGGAUUGCACGCCUUGUCUAUAGUGGCAAAGACACCAUCUGAAGUUGAAGCAAAAUGAAGGGUUUAGAAGGUGCUUAAUUGAGACACGGGAUUCUUGUUAGUCGGUUGUUUGAAUAACUUAAAAAAAAAGAAAAAAGAUUAUUAUCAAUCAUGUUCAUGGUUUUUCAUAUAGAAGCUCAGGGCUAUGAUUUGAAGUAAAUGUGCAGCUGUGAGUUGUAUGGACUUCAAGGCCUAAUACUGCAUGAGGAGCUCUAACUAACAUGUAUAUGAUAAAUAAUACAUCUCUUUGUUGAUCCUUUCCCUCUAUUUUGCUCUUUGUACAUUCACGUCAUUCUGUUCUAUCAAAUAUGUAAAUGAGUGUUCAUUAUGUUCUAUCAUUAAAUUUCAUUGUUAAGGCUGUUGAAACAUAAUUGGUCAUUUAUAUUGGUGUUA